GCCCACUCCUACCUCCGUUCCUUCUUUCUCUACCGCCAUGAAUGAGCCAACGCCGUUUUUUCGAGUUUCGGGACAGUCCCACGUGGCGGUCAUGUCAGCGGGCCCAACAGUCCUCUGGGCCCAUUGCUCUCUUCUUCCCCGCACCGACCCACCAUUUCUCUCCUUCUCUCUCGCCGGCCAUAUAUAUACACCCUAAUCUUCCCUCCAGAUUUUACCUUCCUUCCCUUCAUCUCCACAAACCCAGUCAAACUCAGGAGAAGUUCCCUUCAUCCGGAAUUCAGCGUAGCGAGGAACAGCCAUGGACGGAGCCUCUUUCUUAGCUCCAUCGCCGCCGCCUGAUUCCCAGUUGUUCCACUACACCGACUCCACCGCGCUGUCGGACCCACCGACGGUGACGGCGGAUUCGUUGAAAUGGCAUCAUCAAUUGCAGUACGAUUUCAAUCGGCAGCAGCAGGAGGAGGAAAAUUACAUGGGUUGCGUUUUGAACGGGUUUCACGGCGGCGGCGGCGGCGGCGGCGAGGGUGGAUUAGGGGAGGUGGUGGAGAUGAGCCGGAGCCCUUCUUCUUCCAUAAAAUUGAAAUCCGACCCGGGUUUCUCCGCUAUCGGCUGGCCUGGUUCGGUUCCGGUUGGGAUUUUUAGGACCUCUGGCUGCCCGCCAACGGCGACCGAGUCGUCCUCACCGCCGGCGAUGGAGGCUCCGGCUCCGGCGGAGAUAGUAGACAGGUCUAAGAAACGGAAAUUGGAGAAGCCCCAGCAAGAUCAUCAUAACCCCAAGGUGUUUGCAGUGGACGAGAACAGAGAAUCGAAGACCAAGAAGAUCAAAGCCGGCUGUGGAGAUGGAGGUGAUAAAAAGAGCAGCGUUAGCUGCAGCAGUAGCAGCAGCAAGAACAAGAACAUCAAGAAGGAGAACUCCAGUGGGGAUAGCAACAAUUCCAAAGUUACUCAGGAAGUUCAGAGAACGGAUUACAUUCAUGUUCGCGCCCGCCGCGGCCAGGCCACUGAUAGCCACAGCUUAGCUGAAAGAGUAAGGAGGGAAAAGAUCAGCGAGAGGAUGAAAUACCUACAGGAUUUGGUGCCUGGAUGCGACAAAAUCACAGGCAAGGCUGGGAUGCUUGAUGAGAUUAUCAACUAUGUCCAAUCCCUUCAGCACCAAGUUGAGUUCUUAUCCAUGAAACUAGCUGCUGUGAAUCCCGGCAUGGAUUUCAACAUCGACAGUAUGUUCCCCAAAGAGGUGGUACCUGAUAGUGGGAACAAUUUACCGGCGGUGGGGAUGUCAUCGUCGAGCUCGGAUAUGGCAGCGGCUUACCUUCAUUUGAACUCAUUGCAACAACAGUUAUUGGGUUGCUCUGGUUUGGAGAUGGGUAUGAUGAUGAACUCUUCUUCUGCAGCAGCUGAUUUGGGGCUCAGAAGAACAAUCAGUACACCGAUCACAAGAUUCACAACCCCCGAAACAGAAACGUUCAUCGACGACUCCUCUUGUUUCCCACAAGCAUCAAUUUGGGAUGCUGAUAUUCCAAGCAUUUACCAAGUGGCAUUUGAUCUAGCAAGAGCUACAUGAUUCCCACCUCAGCAAUUUGCAGGUACAAAGAAGCAAAAGAUGGAAACUUUGAAAAGAAUUUCAACUAGUGGUAGUGAUGGAGGUUAGGGAGAACCCCACAAUCUUGCAAAUCAUAUAAUUGCCUUUCUUUCCUUCUGAUUGAAGUGGGAAUGAAGUUGGUUAAGAUGUGUCUUUCAAUUCUUCUUUCAGAUGACAACAACCACUGAUUUUUCUUCUUCCCUUUACAAAGAGAAAGGAGAAAGGGAUCUCCAUUUUUUCACCCAUCAUAAUGGUGUCAUUUCCUUGAAAAGAGAAACCAACAAGAAGUGGGGUUUUGACCUAUUAGCUAGCUUCAUCAUCUCAAUGAUUGAUUAACGUUAAAACUUCCAUGAUGAUUCUGAUUGUUAGUCAAAUUAAUAAGCUUUUUUUUAUAAAAUCAACAUUAUGCUGAUAAUGAUGAUGAUGAUAAGAACUAACCAAGUUAAGUGCUCCCUAACCUCCACACCAAGAUUCCCCUGCCUCCCAUUUCUCAUUACAUCAUGCUUAAAACUUUGCAGGUUCAGUUGGACCAUCCAAUCUGAAGAUGGAGAUGGAGAUGUGAAGAAGUUGGGAAGAGAGCUUUGUUAUGUUCAUGGCUGCAGAUUAAAAUCUCUGAUGAUUCUUUUGCUUGCUUGUAGUACAUACCCAUCUGUAUAUUUUUUGUAUGUAUUACCAUCCAUAUAUUAUUGCUAUCAAUAAAAAGAUUAGCCUCGAUUUGAAGUCGUUUAUAAGUGCUUUCUCGUUAAUCAAAUAUAAGGUAGACAGUAAUCAAUGGUGGAAUCUAUCAUCAAUGAGAUAUCACAGAAUAUAUGGUUGAUUGAUGGCGAUGGAGUUAGAGCGGGGACCAGAUGAAGUAAUGGGUUCGUUCGUUGACAGCUCCUGGCAGGCUUCAAAGGACAGAAAAAAGUGCAGAAAAGAGAGUGAGCCAGAAAUUGUAACUCUAGCUAGCAGUGGCAUUGCUCUCUCUGAUUUCUAAUGCUAAGCUUGUUGCAGAAGAGAGGCAUCGUGAAGUGAUUUGAUGGAAGUCGCAGUCAGUCAACAACAAUGGGCUGGGAGAGGCAACUUGUGCUGUUCAUCCUUGUGUAGCUGCUUUCAUUGCGGCAAUGGAUAACCUUACCUGAUGGAUAAUCUAUAUAGAGUAGAGUGACCACAGAACAGAGCACUGACCAAGACCACCGCCGGCCCUGGACCAUUUGCAUUCACUCUCACAACCGCCUCUCCUUGUCAACCCCGGAUUUCCAUAUCUUCUUCUUCUUCGUGCUUUUGUUAUUUGAGAAGAUUAAGGAAUCAGAUCAUCUUUGGGAACAAAAGUAGUAACCAGGAACAGGAAUACUACUUUACUGCAAGAAUAGAUUCAUAACUCUAUGACUUAAGUGUCAGUUGGCACCAUCCAUCUUUGGUGUUUGGGGUCAGAAUCCACCCAAUCUACCUGCACAAUUGCUCAUCCCUACCCACUUAGAGCAUCAUAAUACGAAUGCUUAUAGGUCGGUUUUAACAUGGAUCUGGAUAACAAAGGGGUAAUGAAUGAGAUGAAACUACAAUGCCUUCAUUAUCAAGCCACAGGAGAACCUGUCCAUCAAGGAAAAGAAGCCACAGAAGAAGAAACAGUGAGAGGUGGUGGUGGGGAAGUGGACCUGGGCCUCAUCCACAAACCCAACAAGAUCUGCUUUUGAUUCUCUUUUGGAUUGUGAAAGAUGAUGCAAUCCACAUAAAUGUGUUUGCCUAUCCUUUUUCAGCCCAAUUUGUCUUUCCUAUUCUUUUCUCUCUUGGUCCCAUUUUUCACUCACCUCCUCCCUGUUUGAACUUUUUCUGUCUCAGCUUUUCUGGUUGCAGUCUUGCAGAGCUUUCUUGGCUUUGCCAAAUCAGUAGUUGCAAAUCCAAGGAAUAUAAUAAAAACCGCAACAAAACAACCCAAGAUUAUUUCUUCCUUUUUGUCAAUACAUAUUUUGAGAUAUGGAGCUGGUUGUGGUUGUUGAUAGUACUGAGAACUGGGAAGUCUGUCUUUACUCCUUGUUGCAACUGGAUUCCUGAAAAAUUGACUACACAAUGGCCAUUAUCAAUGAGACAAUGGCUAGUUCCAUAUUUACAACGAUUCAUCUCCAAGUUCUGCCUCUAUCUAGUGCUCAGCAGCACCACAGCUGCAGUCCUAAUCCUUUAUGCUUCCUUGCAAACAGUGAGAAGGAUUUGCCUGUUCAGUAGAAUAGAAUGAAUUCUGAAUCUCCUACCAAGAUCCACAAACAUCCACUAGAAGAACCCACCUCUGUAACCACAGUAAUAUAAUGAAAAAAAAGGAUUUCAAAGCUCAUGAACAGUGAAAGAAGAUGAAAUUGAAGACUCGAAAAGAGAGGAACUGGGGAGGGAGUGCUCAGAAGGAAUGGAUAGUUCGGUUGAUCCUCACAGUAAAUGGAUCAGAUUAACGAGAUUAUGUUUUACAACAUAUCAUCAUCAUAGCAUCUCCCCCUCUCACCACCUCAAAGACGAACAAGAACUCGGCAUAGAAAACAAGCAUGAAAAAAAGAGGAAGAUUUUGAUCUAAAAAUGGCAUCGCCGUCGC